CGCAUGUUAAUAGAUGAAAAUGGACAGCUGUGAUAGAAAGACGCACGUGGCUGAUCUUUAACCUUUUUUUUUCCCUUCUCCCUUUCUUUCUUUCUUUCUUUCUUUCGUUCUUUCUUUUUGUUUUCUCCUUUUGUUUUUAUUAUUCCAUUACUCUCCUUCCUUCCGUUCCCUCCUAACCUCCUCUUUUCUUGUUUUUUUUUUCUUUUUAUUUUUCCUUUUUUUUUUUGCCUAUUUUAUAACUCAUGGACCAUGAUUCCAAUACGACAAAGAAUACAGUUUAUGAAAAUAAAAACAAGUCUCGACGUUGGUCAAACUGUUUUGGUCUUGUCAACAAGUUCAAACGUUUAAAGAAUCGUUUAUCAGUUAUUCAUUCUGAUACUACUUCUUUAUCCAUUCAACAACAUGGUUAUCAAAGAAAAUCUACUCCUCCUCCUCCUUUACGUCAUGUUUAUCAACAGGAACAACAACUCUCUGCAUCAACUAUUGCCACUCCUAGUCCUCAUUUAUCAAGUCUUGAAUCUAUUGAACAAAAUAAUUUAUCAACACUCACAAACAACAACCUAAGACCUUCUCUAUCUCCACCUCCUCGCCACAAUAAAUCAAUUGGAAAAGAUCGCGCUAUUGGUGACACUGCUGGUAAUUGUCUUAAUGAUUGGCGUCAAUUCACAUCCUCUUAUCAAAAAAUGAACUUGCGACUUUCUCUCGAUACUGAAUUUAUCCAUCAUCGACAAAUCAAUACUACAAGUAAUAUCAGUGAUAGUCCUAUUGAUAUUGUUUCUGUUAGAGAUUCAAUGAUUACAUAUCAAGAAGAUGAUGCCUCUACCUUACGCGCUAAUUCAAGUACUAUAUCCUAUAAUAGUUCCAUGAUACCUCUGGCUCCUUCUUCGGUUCCUUUCCGAAGUGGUACACUAGGUCAUCCUAAAUCCCUCAAGAAUCAAUCAGCUGGACUGCUACCUCCUUUACCUUCGGUUCCUGUUUCCGGUCAACCUAGUUCUUCUUCUUCUUCUUCUUCUUUUUCUUCUUCUUCUUGCCGUCUAUCCAUGGAUUCGGAUUCACGCUCAUCUUCCAUCGAUUUACCUCUGAAAGAACGUCGUCGUCGAAGAAGUCCUUUGAUGUUUGGUGACAAUGAUAGACUUACAUUACCUAUACCUCGCAAUGAUAUCAUACAACAACGUAGACUUCCGGAUAAAAAUCAUCAUCGUUCACCACCACCACCAUCAUCAUCAUCAUCAUCAUUAUCAAAACUACCUGGCAUCGAUUCAACUACAAUACAUAAUGACAUCAAACUACGAUCCAGAGAAAUGGCUAUGCAACAAUUGGAAGGAACCCAACCACUGGAUGGUAAGAUAGUUAGUAUGCCUCGAAUAGCUUCAACAAAGUUAUUGGAUGAACAACUUAUAGCGGCUGGAGAUCCAACAUUAUUGAUAAACAAGGCUCAAUAUGACGCUGUUGUUUCUCGUACUAUUCAACAACGACGACCUUCUUCUUCCCUUGGUCAACAUGUCCCUCUCUUGACUCCUUCUACUGCCAAUACAAUACCUUCAUCUUCUCCUCCUCUUACCUCUUCCUCUCCUGGUGCUGGUUCAAACAAGAUCACUGGAAAUUCAAAUAUCACCCCUAGUACAACAUAUCCUUCUUUUUUACCUACUCCAUCUACUUCUUCAUCAAAUCAUCAUACCUCCAAUUUAUUUUAUUUCCCAUCCACUCCCAAUUCUAUGGAUGCUUAUACUUGAUAUAUAUACAUAUAGUAUAGAUUAGUAUUCCCAUCUCUCCUCGUAUUCUAUUUUUCCUUUUUUUGAUCAAAGUAAUUGAUCCUUCUUUUUUUUUUUUUAAUAUAUAUAUUACCUUGUAAAGAAAUAAAAAAACGUCACUGGCUGAUACUACGUCGAU